AACACAUAAACCCAACCUCUUGAAACAAACGAAUUCACAAUGGCCGCCACGAAAAGCCUCUCCAUCUUCCUCCUCAUCGCCGUAACCUGCGUCGCCGGCGGGCAGGCGGCGAACUUCAACAUCACAAACAGAUGCAACUACACGGUGUGGGCAGCCGCCUUGCCCGGCGGCGGCGUAAGGCUGAACCCUAACGAAUCAUGGAGCCUCAGCGUGGCGAACGGCACGACGGGAGGACGCAUUUGGGGCCGAACAAACUGCACCUUCAACAGCACGGGACACGGCAAGUGUCUAACCGGUGACUGCGACGGUGUGCUCGUGUGCAACAAAACGGGUACACCCCCGAACACGCUGGUGGAAUUCGCGUUGAACCAGUACAACAACCUCGACUUCUACGACAUCUCCCUCGUGGACGGUUUCAACAUUCCCGUGCAGCUGAGCCCCACCUAUAACUGUAGCUCCGUCAAAUGCGCCGCCGACAUCCUGGGAGAGUGUCCGACUCAGCUGCAGGUUCCCGGCGGUUGCAACAACCCGUGCACGGUUUUCAAUACGACUCAGUAUUGUUGUACCUCCGGUGUUGCUGGAUGCGGUCCCACUGAUUAUUCAAGGUUUUUCAAGGAAAAGUGCCCAGAUGCCUACAGUUACCCUAUGGAUGAUGCAACCAGCACUUUCACGUGCAUGGGAGGAUCCGAUUAUAGGGUUGUAUUUUGCCCUUAAUUCUUCUCAUUUAUGUCUCUCUACUCACUUUUAUUUUAUUCUUAAUUUCCUCAUUCCUAUUUGUGUUGUUAUUGUAUACUUUUAUAUAUGUAUCACCAAAUAAAGAUCCAGUUCAUGGGCGCGUAUGUGCUCUCUUUCUCCUAAAAUAAAUAAUAACAUUACAUAACUAAUUGCCCCGACUGUAAACAAGGGGUUCU